UCAGGCCGGAGCUGUGCCCUCUGACCUUGGCUGCGAGCAGCAAUGGCGGACGCGGAGCUGCCCAAGUGUUGCAGGAACCGGGGAGGAGUGCAGCGGGUGGAGACCAAACUCCGGGCCAGCGUGGAGAAGGGCGACUACUACGAGGCUCAUCAGAUGUACCGAACCCUGUUCUUCCGGUAUAUGUCACAGGGUAAACAUGCUGAAGCUAGGGAGCUUAUGUAUUCUGGAGCGUUGCUCUUCUUCAGUCACAGCCAGCAAAACAGUGCUGCUGAUUUAUCCAUGCUAGUUUUAGAAUCCUUGGAAAAGUCUGAAGUAAAGGUUACAGAUGAACUCUUAGAAAGUCUUGGAAAACUCUUUAGUCUAAUGGAUCCAAACUCUCCUGAGAGAGCAGCAUUUGUAUCCAGAGCAUUGAAAUGGUCCAGUGGAGGCUCAGCAAAACUUGGCCACCCCAAACUGCAUCAGCUACUAGCUAUCACAUUGUGGAAAGAACAAAACUAUAGUGAAUCUCGAUAUCACUUCUUGCAUUCAGCAGAUGGGGAGGGUUGUGCAAAUAUGUUAGUAGAAUACUCUGAGUUUAAAGGCUACCGGAAUGAAGUGGACAUGUUUGUGGCUCAGGCAGUCUUACAAUUUCUUUGCUUAAAAAAUAAAAACACUGCAUCAAUGGUCUUCACAACUUAUACAGAGAAGCAUCCCUCAAUAGAGAAGGGACCUCCUUUUGUUCAACCAUUGUUAAAUUUUAUUUGGUUCUUAUUACUUGCUGUGGACGGGGGGAAGCUAACAGUUUUUACAGUGUUAUGUGAACAGUAUCAGCCAUCUUUAAAGAGAGAUCCAAUGUAUAUUGAGUAUCUCGACCGAAUAGGGCAGAUCUUCUUUGGGGUUGCACCACAACAAACCUCUUCUUAUGGGGGAUUGUUAGGAAAUCUUUUGAACAGCUUGAUGGGUGCAGGAGAUGAGGAGGACAUCGAUGGAGAAGGACCAGAAGAUGCCAACCCUAUUGAUCUUGACUAAAAGAAAAGAAAAUUAACUUUCUGAUUAAAGGUCUAACAGUGAUAUUCCACUAAAGUGUCUAAGGAAUGAUCUUCCUAAAGAAGAAAGAAAAACACACAGCUAUACUUUGAGACAUUUUAUGUGGCAGUUUCACAUCUGAGCAUCUGCAAAGGGCUCCUUUCCCUUUCUCCUGAAAAAGGUGCAUAGGAUGUUUCAUUUUACUGUUUAUAAUGGAAAUGCUGUAUUAUUUAUGUUCAGUAGAAACUAUAUUUCUCAGUUUAAAAGAACUGGUUUCGAUUGACUGUGUGUUGACUGAUGUAAUAACAUGUUUUGUCUUUCUAGUUUAUUUUACUUAUGACUUUUAAGUACUUCACAGCUUUCUUGGGGGAUGCUGAAACACUGAGUUAUUGAGUUAAAGAAAGUAAGUCACAAGUUGCCAACAGUGUUUGAGGCAUUCCAGUUCCCUCAAAGUGGCUCUCAUUCAACACAUAACCAUUACCAGAAUUGGUAUCGGAACAAAGGCCUAAGAAUGAGCAGUCCCUGAUUUAAUUUCCUUUUCACUAGUUGGUAUAGCAGUUACACACAGUACGAAUGAUCAUGCACAAAAGUGAGCUGAAGUAUUUCUGAAUCAAUAAACAAUUAAAGAAGAA